AUGCGUUUGCAUAAGUCGGUUCAAGAAAUUGAAUUGAUGCAAAUCGCCUCAAAUAUCAGUGCAGAUGCACAUACACGUGCCAUGCAAAAAGUUCAUCCUGAGAUGAUGGAAUAUGCUUUAGAAGCUGAGCUGAAUUAUAUCUUUGGUCAGAAUGGUUGUGUACCUGCCUAUAACAGUAUUGUGGGUGGGGGAAAAAAUGGCUGUAUUUUACAUUAUGUUGAGAACAACCAACCCUUAAAAGAUGGUGAUUUGGUGUUGAUCGAUGCGGCGGCUGAGUAUGAAUGCUAUGCCUCAGACAUCACCCGUACUUUUCCUGUAAAUGGGCAUUGGCUUGGUAUGGAUGUGCAUGAUGUUGGCGCAUAUAAAGAUGAAAAUGGUCAAUGGCGUAAUUAUGAGCAGGGUAUGGUUGUUACUGUAGAGCCCGGUUUAUAUAUCGCACCUGAUGAUGAAACAGUGGAUGCAAAAUGGCGUGGUAUCGGUAUUCGGAUUGAAGAUGAUGUGGUUGCAACUGAACAGGGACCAUUGGUCUUGACCAAAAAUGUGGUGAAAUCGAUUGAAGAUAUUGAAGCAUUGAUGGCAAAGUCAGUAUAA